GGAAAAUGUUAUCCUUCAGCAGGUUGAUGAAUCCUGUGAGAGACAUAUGGGAAAGCUAGUAAACCAACUGCUUGCUAUUGAAAAGGCCCAUAAAAUCCCAAUGAGAUGGAAGCCAACUGAUCAAGAGUUCCAGAAUACACUUGUUGCCAGUGAAGCAGCCUCUGYGAGGUCUACACUUAAUCUGCUACUUAUGAGUGGCCGCAGAAGAUGGUUUCUUUUAAGCCUAGUGAAGAAAUAUGCAGAUGGCCAAGCCCAAGCGUACCGCAUCACCAAGGCAGUCACRAAGGAAAGCAAGAUCCUGAAGAACCUGCUUAAAAAGUUCAAUGCAUCUGUUCAAAUCUUGAAGGAGCAUGGGCGUUUUAUGAGCACUCUCUCUUGGGAUGAAGUGACUAAUGUAGCCAGUUCCUCCCUAUACACCAGWACUCCCAAAAGUUGUGACCAGGAAAUAGUGCCAGAUGCCAUUAAGAGAGAAAUCAUCRAUGCAUACAAUCUUUGCCAAAGGGCAGGUGAAGAACUCUGCACGCUGAACCAGGAGAUGUCCAGGAUUAUUCAUUUCUUUUACGAAGAAUGCAAAGACUUGGAACAAAGAAAUGAAGUCACUCUAAGAAGGAGGCCGGACAUUCCCAUUACUCUUUGGGCGGGUCAAAGAAGUGUUCUUUUGCGUAAAUUGCACUUCUGUCAGAGACAUCUAUUAUUUUCAGUAGAAUCAUUUAAAGCCCUCAUAGCAAUCCCUACAAACAUCGAUGAUUAUCUUAAAAAUAGCAUAUGCAUCAACAUUCCUUAUGAUCAUUUGAUGAACGAGAUGGAUGAGUGUGGACCAACUGAAGAUGUUAAAGUAUUGAACCCUUUAGAGUAUAUUAUUGAUGAAGAGAAGGGUGAUUACUUGUUCAGAGAUGACAAUGAUAGUGGCUUUGCAUCUGCUUACGAAUCCUCAAUCCCACCCGAUAUCACUCACUAGAAACAAGCAUUAGGUUAUUAGCUUUUAUAGGAUAAAUUUAUCAUCCUCAUCGUCAUCGUUGUCAUUAUCAUCAUCAUAAUCAUCAUCAAAAAUUAAUAUAUUUUUACAGUUCAG